GGGGCCCGGCCACUCGGAGCAGCUCCGCCGCAGGGACUGCACCGCCCGCCCUGCCGGACCCGCCCCGAGCGGGGCUCGCCGCUUGCAGCAGCCGCAGCACCGCGACCUCGGGCCCCGUGCGGGCUAUGGCUGUGCCCUGGGGCUGAGCGCGCAGGCUGUGUGACAGAUUCCCGAGGAGAAAGACUGAGGAGAAGAGAGGAAGGAGGGGCGGGCUCCUGGCAAGGCAUUGGCUCCUGAAUUGAGUCCUGCAGAAGAUGGAAAAGGAGGAGGAGACGACCCGGGAGCUGCUGCUGCCCAACUGGCAGGGCAGCGGCUCCCACGGGCUGACCAUCGCCCAGAGGGACGACGGCGUCUUUGUGCAGGAGGUGAUGCAGAACUCCCCUGCGGCCCGCACUGGGGUGGUCAAGGAGGGGGACCAGAUUGUGGGUGCCACCAUCUACUUUGACAACCUGCAGUCAGGCGAGGUGACCCAGCUGCUGAACACCAUGGGGCACCACACCGUGGGCCUGAAGCUGCACCGCAAGGGGGACCGCUCCCCUGAGCCUGGCCAGACCUGGACCCAUGAAGUCUUCACCUCCCGCACCUCCGAAGUGGUUCUGAGCGGGGAUGAUGAGGAGUACCAGCGCAUCUACACCACGAAGAUCAAGCCUCGGCUGAAGUCGGAGGAUGGAGUGGAAGGGGAUCCUGGGGAGACCCAGAGCCGGACCAUCACGGUGACUAGAAGGGUCACAGCCUACACUGUGGAUGUGACGGGUCGGGAAGGAGCCAAGGACAUCGACAUCAGCAGCCCUGAGUUCAAGAUCAAGAUUCCACGGCAUGAACUGACGGAAAUCUCCACCGUGGGCGUGGAGACCCAGCCUGGGAAGACAGUGAUCAGAUUGCCCUCGGGCUCGGGGGCAGUGUCACCAACCGCAGGCUCUGCUGUGGACAUCCGAGCAGGGUCCAUUUCUGCUUCGGGACCAGAGUUCCAAGGUGCUGGCCACUCGAAGCUCCAGGUCACCGUGCCUGGGAUAAAGGUGGGAAGCCCAGGUGUCAGUGUCAGUGCAAAGGGCUUUGAUUUGGGUGGCAAAGGAGGGGUCCAAGUUCCAGGAGUGGACAUUUCAUCUUCUCUUGGGGGUGGGGCAGUAGAGGUGCAGGGCUUAUCCCUUGAGAGUGGUAGUAAUGGGAAAAUUAAAAUUCCCACCAUGAAGAUGCCAAAAUUUGGUGUCUCAGCAGGACCUGUUGAGGGCCAGGCACCAGAGGCAGGGUUGAGUGUUUCUGCACCUGAAUUCUCUGUGGGGCACAAGGGCAGCAAGCCAGGCUUGACCAUCGACGGGAACAUCCAGGCUCCUCAGCUAGAAGUCAGUGCUCCCUCUCUCAAUGUUGAGGGGCUUGAGGGGAAGCUGAAGGGCCCCCAAAUCACUGGGCCAUCACUUGAGGGUAACCUGGGCCUGAAAGGUGCCAAGCCACAGGGGAGCAUAGGGGUGGACAUCUCUGCUCCCAAAAUCGAGGGCGGCAUCCCUUGCCCCAGUGUGGAAGUUCGAGCCCCCGACGUUGAUAUUCAUGGGCCUGGAGGCAAACUGAAUAUGCCCAAGAUAAAAGUCCCCAAAUUCUCUGCAUCAGGUUCUGAGGGAGAGGGAGCUGGCAUUGAUGUGACACUGCCCACAGGUGAAGUGACUCUUCCGGGGGUCUCUGGGGACAUCAGCCUGCCUGAGGUUGUUCCUGGGGGGCUGGAAGGGAAGAUAAAGGGUCCUAAAGUCAAGAGUCCUGAAAUGAUUGUUCAGAAACCUAAAAUCUCCAUGCAGGAUGUGGAUCUGAGCCUUGGGUCCCCUAAACUGAAAGGAGAUAUUCACAUUUCUGCUCCUGGGGUGCAAGGUGAUGUUAAAGGCCCUCAAGUGGCAGUUAAAGGCUCCAAAGUAGACAUCAAGACACCCAGCCUAGAGGGGACCCUGACAGGACCCAAGCUUAGUGGUCCUUCUGGGCAAACAGGAACCUGCAGGAUUUCUAUGGCAGAAGUAGACUUAAAUGUGGCUGCACCUAAAGUGAAAGGGGGUGUAGAUGUCGCAGUCCCAAAAGUAGAAGGGAAAGUCAGAGUCCCUGAAGUUGAUGUCAGAGGCCCCAAAGUGGAUGUCAGUGCCCCAGAUGUGGAUGUUCAUGGCCCAGAAUGGAACCUGAAAAUGCCCAAGAUGAAAAUGCCCAAGUUCAGCACUCCAGGAAUCAAAGGAGAAGGCCCAGAUGUAGACGUGAAUCUACCCAAAGGAGAUAUCAGUAUUUCAGGGCCCAAGGUCAAUGUGGAAGCCCCAAAUGUCAACAUAGGGGACCUGGGGGGCAAACUUAAAGGCCCUGACAUUAAGCUGCCUGAAGUGAGUGUGAAGACACCAAAGAUCUCCAUGCCUGAUGUAGAUUUGCAUGUUAAAGGCACAAAAGUAAAAGGAGAGUGUGAUGUAACAGUACCAAAACUUGAAGGAGAACUGAAAGGCCCCCAGCUGGACAUUGAUGCACCAGAUGUGGAUGUUCACGGUCCAGACUGGCAUCUGAAAAUGCCCAAAAUGAAAAUGCCCAAAUUCAGUGUUCCGGGGUUCAAAGCAGAAGGCCCAGAAGUGGACGUGAACCUGCCCAAGCCUGAUGUGGACAUUUCUGGGCCCAGGGUAGAUGUUAGUGCUCCGGAUGUGAGCAUUGAGGGACCAGAAGGGAAAUUGAAAGGACCCAAGUUUAAGAUGCCUGAGAUGAAUAUCAAAACCCCCAAGAUCUCCAUGCCAGAUGUGGACUUACAUUUGAAAGGCCCUGGAGCAAGAGGAGAAUAUGACAUCACAGUGCCAAAGGUUGAAGGUGAGAUUAAAGUUUCUGAUGUUGAACUUAAAAGUGCCAAAAUGGACAUUGAUGCUCCAGAUGUGGAUGUUCAUGGCCCAGACUGGCACCUGAAGAUGCCCAAAGUGAAAAUGCCCAAGUUCAGCAUGCCUGGCUUCAAAGGAGAGGGCCCAGGAGUGGAUGUGAACCUGCCGAAAGCUGACAUUGACGUCUCAGGACCCCAGGUGGACGUUGAAGUUCCAGAUGUAAAUAUUGAAGGACUUGAAGGAAAACUGAAGGGUCCCAAGUUGAAGAUGCCUGAGAUGAAUAUCAAGGCCCCGAAGAUCUCCAUGCCUGAUAUGGAUUUGCAUAUGAAAGGUCCCAAGGUAAAGGGAGAAUAUGAUGUUACAGUGCCAAAGCUGGAAGGGGAUCUGAAAGGGCCGCAAGUAGACGUCAGUGCCCCAGAUGUUGAAGUUCAUGGUCCUGAUUGGAACCUAAAGAUGCCCAAGAUGAAAAUGCCCAAAUUUACCAUGCCCAGCCUCAAAGGAGAGGGCCCAGAAUUAGAUGUGAACUUGCCCAAGGCCGAUGUGGACAUUUCUGCACCCAAGGUAGAUAUUAGUGCCCCAGAUCUGAGUCUUGAAGGACCAGAAGGGAAGUUGAAGGGUCCCAAGUUUAAGAUGCCUGAGAUGCACUUCAAAGCUCCUAAGAUGAGUCUGCCAGAUGUUGACCUGGAUCUUAAAGGACCCAAAAUGAAAGGAAAUCUGGAUGUGUCUGCACCAAAGAUAGAAGGUGAGAUGAAAGUUCCAGAUGUGGACAUGAAAGGCCCUAAGGUAGAUAUUAAGGUACCAGAUGUGGAAGUUCAAGGUACAGACUGGAGCCUAAAAAUGCCCAAGAUGAAAAUGCCUAAAUUCAGCAUGCCCAGCUUCAAAGGUCAGGGCCCAGAUGUGGAUGUGAACCUGCCCAAAGCUGACAUUGACAUCACUGGACCCAAGGUUGACAUUGAAGCCCCAGAUGUGAGCCUUGAGGGACCAGAAGGGAAGCUGAAGGGUCCCAAGUUUAAGAUGCCUGAGAUGAACUUCAAGGCCCCCAAGAUCUCCAUGCCUGAUGUAGACUUACACUUGAAAGGCCCCAAAGUCAAAGGGGAUGUGGAUGUGUCUGUUCCCAAGGUAGAAAGUGAAAUGAAAGUGCCAGAUGUUAACGUUAAAGGACCCAAAGUGGACAUUGAUGUCCCGGAUGUGGACGUUCAUGGCCCAGACUGGCACCUGAAGAUGCCCAAGGUGAAAAUGCCCAAGUUCAGCAUGCCAGGCUUCAAAGGAGAGGGCCCAGAAGUGGAUGUGAAAAUGCCCAAGUUCAGCAUGCCUGGCUUCAAAGGAGAGGGCCCAGAAGUGGAUGUGAGUCUUCCCAAGGCUGAUAUUGAUGUCUCAGGGCCCAAGGUGGACAUUGAUGUUCCAGAUGUGAAUAUUGAAGGACCAGAUGCAAAACUGAAGGGCCCUAAGUUCAAAAUGCCAGAGAUGAACAUCAAAGCUCCUAAAAUAUCGAUGCCUGAUUUGGACUUUAAAGGCCCUAAAGUGAAAGGAGAGGUGGAUGUUUCACUUCCAAAUGUAGAAGGUGAUUUGAAAGGCCCUACUCUUGACAUCAAGGGCCCAAAGAUAGAUGUAGAUGCUCCAGAUAUUGACAUUCAUGGCCCAGAAGGCAAAUUAAAAGGUCCCAAACUGAAGAUGCCUGACAUGCAUGUAAACGUGCCCAAGAUCUCCAUGCCAGAAAUUGACCUGAAUUUAAAAGGCUCAAAGCUUAAGGGAGAUGUUGAAGUUUGUGGGCCCAAAUUGGAAGGUGACAUUAAAGCUCCCAAGUUGGAUGUAAAGGGCCCAGAAGUGGACAUUUCUGGUCCUAAGCUCAAUGUUGAAGGCAAGGCAAAGAAAUCUCGUUUUAAGCUUCCCAAAUUCAAUUUUUCGGGCUCCAAAGUUCAGACACCUGAGGUGGAUGUCAAAGUUAAAAAGCCAGAUAUUGAUGUAACAGGUCCAAAAGUUGAUAUUAAUGCUCCUGAUGUUGAGGUCCAAGGAAAAGUGAAAGGAUCCAAGUUCAAAAUGCCUUUCCUGAGUAUUUCAUCUCCUAAAGUUUCUAUGCCUGAUGUGGAGUUAAAUCUGAAAAGUCCUAAAGUCAAAGGAGACUUAGAUGUUGCAGUGCCUAAUCUAGAAGGUGACUUUAAAGGACCCAAAGUGGACAUUAAGGCGCCAGAAGUUCAUCUUGAUGCACCUGAUGUGGAUGUUCAUGGUCCAGACUGGAAUUUGAAAAUGCCCAAAAUGAAAAUGCCCAAGUUCAGCGUGCCUGGCUUAAAAGCAGAAGGGCCCGAUAUGGCUGUGGGUCUUCCAAAAGGAGAUGUCAACAUAGAGGGUCCCAGAAUGGACAUUGGGGGCCCAGAAAUCAAUGUGGAAGGUCCAGAAGGAGGCUUCAAAGGUCCCAAACUCAAGAUGCCCGACAUGAAUAUCAAAGCUCCCAAGAUCUCUAUGCCUGACAUUGAUUUAAACCUCAAGGGCCCCAAGGUGAAAGGAGAUGUGGAUGUUUCUCUGCCCAAAGUUGAAGGGGAUCUGAAAGGGCCAGAGGUUGAUAUCAAAGGCCCCAAAGUGGACAUUGAUGCCCCUGAUGUGGAUGUCCAUGGCCCAGACUGGCACCUGAAGAUGCCCAAGGUGAAACUGCCCAAGUUCAGCAUGCCUGGCUUCAAAGGAGAGGGCCCAGAAGUGGAUGUGAACCUGCCCAAGGCUGACAUUGAUAUCUCAGCACCCAAAGUGGACAUUGAAGGCCCUGAUGUUAACAUUGAAGGACCAGAGGGAAAGUUGAAAGGUCCCAAGUUCAAGAUGCCAGAGAUGAACAUCAAAGCCCCUAAGAUCUCCAUGCCGGACUUUGAUCUGAACCUGAAGGGCCCCAAAAUGAAAGGCGAUGUGGACAUCUCUUUGCCGAAAAUGGAAGGUGACCUCAAGGGCCCAGAGGUGGACAUCAAGGGCCCCAAAGUGGACAUUGACACUCCUGAUAUUAACAUUGAAGGCCCAGAGGGGAAAUUGAAGGGGCCCAAAUUCAAGAUGCCAGAGAUGCACCUAAAGGCUCCAAAGAUCUCCAUGCCUGACAUUGAUUUAAACCUGAAGGGCCCCACGGUGAAGGGUGAUGUUGAUGUUUCCCUUCCCAAGAUUGAAGGGGAUCUGAAAGGCCCUGAAGUUGACAUCAAAGGUCCCAAAGCGGACAUUGAUGCCCCAGAUGUGGAUGUCCAUGGCCCAGACUGGCACCUGAAGAUGCCCAAGAUAAAAAUGCCCAAGAUCAGCAUGCCAGGCUUCAAAGGAGAGGGCCCUGAUGUGGAUGUGAACCUGCCCAAGGCUGACAUUGAUGUCACUGGACCCAAGGUGGACAUUGAAGGCCCCGACGUUAAUAUUGAAGGACCAGAAGGAAAGUUGAAAGGUCCUAAGUUCAAGAUGCCUGAGAUGAACAUCAAAGCCCCCAAGAUCUCCAUGCCUGACUUUGAUUUGCACCUGAAAGGUCCUAAGGUGAAAGGAGAUAUGGAUGUUUGCCUGCCUAAGGUGGAAGGGGACGUAAAAGUCCCUGAAGUUGACAUCAAAGGCCCCAAAGUGGACAUUGAUGCCCCAGAUGUGGAUGUUCAUGGCCCAGACUGGCACCUGAAGAUGCCCAAGAUAAAAAUGCCCAAGAUCAGCAUGCCAGGCUUCAAAGGAGAGGGCCCUGAUGUGGAUGUGAACCUCCCCAAGGCUGACAUUGAUGUCUCAGCACCCAAGGUGGAUGUUGAAGUUCCAGAUGUGAAUAUCGAAGGUCCAGAUGCGAAACUGAAGGGCCCCAAGUUCAAGAUGCCAGAGAUGAACAUCAAAGCCCCCAAGAUCUCCAUGCCUGACAUUGAUUUGCACCUGAAAGGUCCUAAGGUGAAAGGAGAUAUGGAUGUUUCCCUGCCUAAGGUGGAAGGAGACCUAAAGCCUCCUGAAAUUGACAUCAAAGGGCCCAAAGUGGACCUUGAUGCCCCAGAUGUGGAUGUUCAUGGCCCAGACUGGCACCUGAAGAUGCCCAAGGUGAAAAUGCCCAAGUUCAGCAUGCCUGGCUUCAAAGGAGAGGGCCCAGAAGUGGAUGUGAACCUACCCAAGGCUGACAUUGAUGUUUCAGGGCCCAAGGUGGACAUUGAUGUUCCAGAUGUGAAUAUCGAAGGUCCAGAUGCAAAACUGAAGGGCCCUAAGUUCAAGAUGCCGGAUAUGAACAUCAAAGCCCCCAAAAUCUCCAUGCCUGACCUUGACUUUAACCUGAAGGGCCCCAAAAUGAAGGGUGAUGUGGAUGUCUCUUUGCCUAAAGUGGAAGGUGACCUCAAGGGCCCUGAGGUAGACAUCAAGGGCCCUAAAUUGGACAUUGACACUCCUGAUAUCAAUGUUGAAGGUCCAGAAGGAAAAUUGAAGGGACCCAAAUUUAAAAUGCCAGAGAUGCACAUUAAAGCCCCCAAGAUCUCCAUGCCUGACUUUGACUUAAAUCUGAAAGGGCCAAAGGUAAAGGGGGAUGUGGACCUUUCGCUACCUAAGGUGCAGGGUGAUCUGAAAGGGCCAGAGGUGGACAUUGAAGGUCCUGAAGGGAAACUCAAAGGUCCCAAAUUUAAGAUGCCUGAUGUCCAUUUCAAAACCCCACAAAUCUCCAUGAGUGACAUUGAUUUGAACUUGAAAGGACCUAAAGUAAAAGGAGAUUUGGAUGUUUCCAUUCCUAAACUGGAAGGAGAUCUGAAAGGCCCCAAAGUGGAUGUUAAAGGCCCUAAGCUGGACAUAGACACUCCUGAUAUUGACAUUCAUGGUCCAGAAGGGAAACUGAAGGGCCCCAAGUUUAAAAUGCCUGACCUGCACCUCAAGGCACCCAAGAUCUCCAUGCCGGAAGUCGACCUGAAUCUCAAGGGUCCCAAGGUAAAGGGCGACGUGGAUGUUUCCCUGCCGAAGGUGGAAGGUGACCUCAAGGGCCCUGAAGUUGACAUCAAAGGGCCCAAAGUGGACAUUGAUGUUCCAGAUGUGAAUAUCGAAGGUCCAGAUGCAAAACUGAAGGGCCCCAAGUUUAAGAUGCCUGAGAUGAACAUCAAAGCCCCCAAAAUCUCCAAGCCUGAUGUUGACCUAGAUUUGAAAGGACCCAAAAUCAAAGGAGGUUUUGAUGUGUCUGUCCCUAAGAUUGAAGGUGCUUUCAAAGGCCCAGAAGUAGACCUUAAAGGUCCAGGUCUGGAUUUUGAAGGCCCUGAUGCCAAACUCAGUGGCCCAAAUUUGAAGAUGCCAUCACUGGAUAUAUCUGCUCCUAAAGUAACUGCUCCUGAUAUUGAUUUGCACCUCAAGACACCCAAAAUUGGAGUUUCUGGUCCCAAGUUAGAAGGUGGUGAACUGGACCUCAAGGGGCCCAAGGUUGAUUUAGAAGCUCCAAGCUUAGAUGUACACAUGGAAAGCCCAGAUAUUAACAUCGAGGGACCCGAUGUUAAAAUUCCCAAAUUUAAGAAACCCAAGUUUGGAUUUGGGGCAAAAAGCCCUAAAGCUGACUUGAAGUCACCUUCACUCGAUGUGACUGUCCCUGAGGCUGAGCUGAAUGUUGAGACUCCUGAAAUUAGUGUUGGUGCCAAGGGCAAGAAAAGUAAGUUUAAAAUGCCUAAAAUUCACAUGAGUGGUCCUAAAAUUAAGGCCAAAAAACAGGGAUUUGAUUUGAAUGUUCCUGGGGGCGAAAUUGAUGCCAGUCUCAAGACUCCUGAUAUAGAUGUCAAUGUUGCAGGGCCGGAUGCCACACUUAAAGCUGAUGUGAAAUCUCCCAAAACCAAGAAACCUAUGUUUGGAAAAAUGUACUUCCCAGAUGUGGAAUUUGACAUUAAAUCACCUAAAUUUAAAGCUGAAGCCCCCCUCCCUACCCCCAAAAUGGAGGGUGAAAUCCAGGCACCUCAUGUGGAUAUUUCUUCACCAGGGAUUAAUGUGGGAGGUCCUGACGUGAAGCUGAAGGCUCCUAAGUUCAAAGUGCCAGGUGUGGAUGUUUCAGGGCCAAAAAUAGAGGGUGACUUGAAAGGCCCCAGGGUGCAGGCAAACUUGGACGCACCUGACAUCAACAUUGAAGGCCCAGAUGCUAAAGUCAAAGCAUUCGGCAUUUCUGCCCCUCAAGUCUCCAUCCCUGAUGUGAAUGUUAGCUUGAAAGGACCAAAGAUAAAGGGUGAUGUCCCCAGUGUGGACCUGGAAGGACCAGAUGUAGAUCUGCAAGGUCCAGAAUCGAAAAUCAAGUUCCCCAAGUUUUCAAUGCCCAAGAUCGGCGUCCCUGGUGUGAAAAUGGAGGGUGGGGGAGCUGAGGUCCAUGCCCAGCUGCCCUCUCUUGAAGGAGGCUUGAGCGCACCAGAUGUUAAGCUUGAAGGCCCUGACGUGUCUCUGAAGGGGCCGAAAGUAGACUUGCCUUCAGUGAACCUGUCUAUGCCAAAAGUCUCUGGACCUGACCUUGACCUGAACUUGAAAGGACCAAGUUUGAAAGGAGACCUGGAUGCAUCUGUUCCCAGCAUGAAGGUGCACGCUCCAGGGCUUGACCUCAGAGGUGUCGGUGGAAAGGUGAAGAUGGAAGGAGACGGUGUGAAAGUGCCGGGGAUUGAUGCCACGACAGCGUUUAACGUUGGAGUACCAGAUGUGACCCUGAAGGGACCAAGCCUGCAGGGAGACCUGGCUGUCUCUGGUGACAUCAAGGGCCCUAAAGUAUCAGUAGGUGCUCCUGAUCUAAGCUUGGAGGCAUCUGAAGGUGGUAUUAAACUUCCCCAAAUGAAGCUGCCCCAGUUUGGCAUCUCCACUCCAGGGUCUGACUUGGACGUUAACGUCAAGGGGCCACAGGUUUCUGGAGAACUAAAGGGGCCAGGCAUGGAUGUGAACCUGGGAGGCCUGAACCUGAAGGGGCCUCAGAUCUCUGGCCCUCAAAUCUCAGCACCGGAUGUGGACUUGAACUUGGAAGGACCAAAAGUAAAAGGGAGCCUUGGGGUCACUGGUGAGUUGAAAGGCCCCACUGUUGGAGGAGGUCUUCCAGGCAUCAGUGUUCAGGGCCUAGAAGGAGACCUUCAAAUGCCUGGAAUUAAGUCCUCUGGAUGUGGUGUGGAGCUGCCAGGUGUGAAUGUGAAACUCCCAACCGGGCAAAUUUCUGGUCCUGAAAUCAAAGGCGAUCUGAAAGGUUUCCAUGGGGCUGCUCCUGACAUUAGCGUGAAGGGGCCUUCAUUUAAUGUGGCAUCUCCUGAGUCUGAUUUCGGUGUCAGCUUGAAGGGCCCCAAAAUCAAAGGAGGUGUGGAUGUUUCAGGGGGUGUCAGUGCCCCAGAUAUCAGCCUGGGCGAAGGGCAUGUGAGUGUCAAAGGUUCCGGGGGUGAGUGGAAAGGACCCCAGGUCUCCUCCGCUCUCAACCUGGAUGCACCUAAGUUCGCUGGGGGACUUCAUUUCUCAGGACCAAAGGGAGAAGGAGGUGUGAAAGGAGGCCAGAUUGGACUCCAGGGUCCUGGGCUGAGCGUCUCUGGGCCUCAAGGUCCCUUGGGAAGCGGAUCUGGAAAAGUAACAUUCCCCAAGAUGAAGAUCCCCAAAUUCACCUUCUCUGGCCGUGAGCUGGUUGGCAGAGAAGUGGGGGUGGAUAUCAGCUUUCCUAAAGCAGAGGCCAGUGUCCAGUCUGGUGCCGGAGAGGGCGAGUGGGAAGAGUCCGACGUAAAACUUAAAAAGUCCAAAAUCAAAAUGCCCAAGUUCAAUUUUUCCAAACCUAAAGGGAAAGGUGGUGUCACUGGCUCACCAGAAGCAUCCAUUUCAGGGUCCAAAGGUGACCUGAAGAGCUCCAAGGCCAGCCUAGGUUCUCUGGAAGGAGAGGCAGAGGCCGAAACAUCUUCGCCCAAAGGCAAAUUCUCCUUAUUUAAAAGCAAGAAGCCACGGCACCGCUCGAAUUCCUUCAGUGACGAGAGGGAGCUCUCUGCACCUUCCACCCCGCCUGGGACUUUGGAGUUUGAAGGUGGAGAAGUGUCUCUGGAAGGCGGGAAAGUCAAAGGGAAACAGGGGAAGCUGAAAUUUGGUACCUUUGGUGGAUUGGGGUCAAAGAGCAAAGGUCAUUAUGAGGUGACUGGGAGUGAUGAUGAGACAGGCAAGUUACAGGGGAGUGGAGUGUCCCUGGCCUCUAAGAAGUCCCGACUGUCAUCUUCUUCUAGCAAUGACAGUGGGACUAAGGUUGGCAUCCAGCUUCCCGAGGUGGAACUGGCCGUUUCCACUAAGAAAGAGUAGCCGGCCUUUGUGUGUGUACAUAUAUGUAUAAAAAGACAUCAGCCUUGGGUGUGUUUGUAUAUAAACUCCAAAGAGAAACACGCCAACAGCCUCAGCAGUAAUGCAAAGAUCUGGCCUCGGCCAGUGGCAGGCGCAGACCGCCUUUAGGCUCCCGGAGCUUUCCAGAUAGGUAAAGAGUUCCAAGUUCGUCCAGCCCAUGUGCAAAAUCAACAGUAUUUGCCUUAAGAUUUCAGUUUUUUGCAUUGAAUGCUGAGAGCUCCUGUUUACUAAGCAAGCUUUUGUGUUUAUUAUCUUCAUUUUUACUGAACAUUGUUAGUGUCGGGAUAAUGGAAACCCACUUUUUCAUUGUAAUGACUUUUGGGGCUUUUGUUAGUAAGGGUGGGGUGGGGUAGAAGGCAGUAGAGGGGGCCAGACCUCCAUUUCUCCUAAGAUUGGAUCUACUCAAACAGCAAACACCCAAAGACGGCCGAGAGGAGCUGGCAGGCAGGGCGUGUGGGUGUUUUUAGAACUCUUUAGCAUCGCCUUUUCUCCAGGGGUGGCGGUCACAGCCAGUUUGGUGAGAGGGAAUUAGAAUAUCUUUGUAAAUUGGCCAACCCACCAGCUCACCACGAGGGGCUUCCGUUUUGUGAACUGUAAGAGAAAUGUUUUCUUCUUGACUGCCAUGCUCCUGAUAUUCUGAUUUCUUUUAACAAAUGUUAUCGUGAUUAAGAAAUUUUCCAGCACUUUAAUGGCAAAUUAAUUAAGAAUGUAAGAAAAAUGGAUGCUGUCAAAGGCAAAUAAAGCUGUUCAUUAACCCUGA